GAAAAGAACGUGUAAAGUAGACCGGAUUAGAAGCCGACAACCGACUUCUGUUACCGUGUCCUACACGUCUUUAACUCAUUUUUUCUCUCUAUCUUCGCCACUAAUCACACUUCAUGCAUGGCUCAUGGGAACGAUGACGAAGCGGCGUCGCUUUAAACCUAUGUCAAGCUACAACGUAAACGCUGAAGACCGAUCAAACCAAACCGUAGUCGCCGAUCUUGACGGAACCCUAACAUCCUCCUCGAGACCACUCCUCUACUUCUUCCUCGUGGCACUCAAAGCAGGAAGCUUGCUUCGUGCGUUGAUCUUACUCGCGUCCGUACCACUCGUGCACCUCACGUAUCUCUUCGUCUCCGAAAGCCUCGCCGUCAGAGUCGCCGUCUUUAUCACAUUCGCUGGCCUUAAGCUCGGCGACGUCGAGCACGUGGCCCGCCACGUCUUAGCAAGAGUCUACGAGAAAGAGUUGAAGCGGGACACGUGGCGUAUUUUCGAGGCGUUCGGGAAACGGUACAUUGUGACGGCGAGUCCUAGGGUCAUGGUCGAGCCGUUCGCUAAGAACUUUCUUGGCGCUGAUAAAGUUAUUGGUACGGAGCUUGGGUUCACAAGGUUUGGUUGGUUAACCGGUUUCGCUAGAAAACCGGGUGUCAUGUUGGGUAAGCAGAAACGCGACGCCGUUUUGAAGGAGUUCAGUGGUGGUGGUGGUGGUGGGAUUGGCUUACCUGAUUUGGGGCUGGGUGAUAGCCAGUCAGAUAACGCUUUCAUGUCUCUCUGCAAGGAGGCUUACAUGGUGUAACGGACAACAUAUGUGUCAUACAGUUUCUAUGUUACUUGCCUUGCAAUGCGACAAUAAUGUUAAUUUCUAAGUAAUUACGUGUGGCAAAAAGCUAAUUCUAAUAAAAUUAUCCGACUACUGUUCUUUUGUUUCCGAUAUUUUACUACAGAGAUUUCGAAGCCAAUAUUAAUUCUUGGUUUGUUUAGGCCUUUAGGGUUUGACUUGAUAUAUAUAGUUUGUGUCACGUGAAAGGUUAUAUGUUUCCAUUUUAGAAUUCUCGGACCCCAAUUUUACUUUUACUAUUUUCCAAAUUGCUGUUUUGGUUUUCACUGUGUAAAUGUUAUUUAAGGAAACUUUCC